AUGGCUUCCUCGGCCAUAUGUGGCCGUUUUGUCGUGCUUCUCGUUCUGGUGACGGCUUCUCAAGCGCUAACUUUUGACGAAGAAGCGACAAACGAUGUUAUAGCAGCAGCUGGGUCAGCUCGAGAGGGCGGUGAGGUUGCUAUUUUGAUUAAAGGACCUCAUAGUAAAACGACGAGACGUGAGGAGUUGAUGCGUGCUAUGAGCUCCAAUGAUAACGCCAUCUCACUUUAUUAUAAUAGCAAGAAUAAUAAAGUUUCAUUGGAAAGUUUAAAUGGUAGUAAUCUGAAAUCGGUGUCGUGGGGUCUGGGCACCGAUCCUCAUGAUGUACUUGUAUUUGUUGCAUCAUCCAAACGAGUAAAACUUUUUGUCGGGUGCAAAAGUCUUCAUUGGCACGAUAUGCUGGGGAAGCACGACGUACUAGAGUUAUUCUCACAACACAAGCUAAAAUUGUACCACGAAGAAAAUACACCUGUUGAGGUAUAUGGAACUGACGUUGCAGCAUUAGACUCUAUAGGUUGCGACAUUCAUAAAGAUUCCAUUAAACCACCAACUCUAGUAUCAGUUGAUGAAACUGACGUAGAAGAAGUGAAAGAUUUUAUUGCGAGAGAUGCUAGAUGGAAAAGAGAGGAGGAAGAAGAGAUGCAAGGAGAUGAUUAUAGAACAAACUUUAUAAAUCCUAAUGGUGUUCUUCCUCAACCUUCUCAGCCAACUACACAAAGGGGAGAUAUCCCAUCGACUGAUAUAGAAUCUUGUGAUGAUGAGGUGAUUCGUCAAUUAAAACUUCUGCGACAAACGAUAGAUAUACUGCGUCGAGAGAUGACCGAUCAGAAGGGGAAUAUUGACAGUUUGAGAAAUCAACUUCGUGCUUGCUGCAAUAAAGUACCUUCUCCACCUCCUGUUGAGCAUUGCUCUGGAUCUUCAUGCUAUCCUGGUGUGGAAUGUCGGAACACUGCAACGGGGUACCAAUGUGGUUCAUGUCCGCGUGGUAUGGAAGGCGACGGAAGACGUUGUAGGCCGAUACUAUGUAGUAGGAGACCUUGCUCGCAAGUGGAAUACUGCGUUGACACCGAACAAGGGUAUCGUUGUGAGAGAUGUCCGGGCGGGCAGAGCAGUGAUGGUCAGAAUUGUCAUUCUGCUUGUAGCUCCAAUCCUUGCUUUGGUGGACGUGUACAAUGUCAGGAUUUACCAGGUGGUGGAUAUCGUUGUGGUUCUUGCCCCUCUGGUUUCCAUGGUAACGGUGAGCAGUGUGAAAGGAUUUCGUGUCGCCAUAUCUCUUGUUAUCACGGAGUGGAAUGUCAAGAAACAUCAUCAGGUCCUCAGUGUGGGCCAUGCCCUAAUGGAUACAUGGGAGAUGGACAAAGAUGUCAGCACGUUUGCGACGCGAGAAAACCCUGUGGUGAAAGAAGAUGCACGCCUAUUUCCUCUAGUCCAUUCUAUGAGUGCCAAGAAUGUCCUAGAGGAUACCAGUGGAAUGGAUACACUUGCGUGGAUAUCGACGAGUGUGAUUUAGUCCGUCCGUGUGAUGAUUUGGUGUCCUGCCGUAAUGAGGAGGGUGGGUUCACGUGCGGGCCGUGCCCGGCCGGGUACGCGGGCAGCGCGGGCUGGCGCGGCGCGGGCGACGAGCGGCGCCGCGAGCGCUGCAUCGACGUCGACGAGUGCGAGGACGGACGCACCAGCUGCCCGCGGGGCCGCCUCUGCGUCAACACACCGGGUUCGUACACAUGCGUUCCGUGCGGCGGGAAUUAUUACGUGAACACCUCUCGGCCUUGCCUUGAGCCGGACUCGCUAAUUCAGCGCUGCGAGCCCUCGCGCUGUCGCCGCUUCAACGCCGUCUGCGGCUACGGACAGGAGUGCGUGUGCGCGACAGGGUGGGCUGGCAAUGGUACUGUCUGUGGGCCGGAUAGGGAUAUAGAUGGAUAUCCGGAUCACGCUCUUCCCUGUAACGAGAUGCACUGCAAAGCUGACAACUGUCCAGAUGUCUCGAAUUCCGGACAGGAAGAUGCUGAUCGUGACGGUAUUGGUGACUCGUGCGAUCCAGAUGCAGAUGGAGAUGGGAUACCUAAUAUUCCAGAUAAUUGCCCACUAGUAUCAAACCCGGACCAACUGGAUCGAGAUGAAGAUCGCAGCGAUAAGAGAGGAGACGCUUGUGACAACUGUCCGCGUAGGUAUAACCCCGGACAAGAGGACGCGGAUCGUGACGGACUGGGAGACGUCUGCGAUCCUGAUAUGGAUAACGACGGUAUCCCGAACGAGAGCGACAACUGUCCGCGUGCGCACAACCCGGGGCAGGAGGACACGGACGGCGACGGCGCGGGCGACGCGUGCGACAACUGCCCGCGCGUGCGCAACGCGGCGCAGGACGACGCCGACCGCGACGGCGUCGGCGACGCCUGCGACAGCGACGUCGACCGCGACCAAGACGGUAUACAAGACGGUUUGGACAACUGUCCAAAUUUAGCCAACAGUGAUCAACUAGACGUAGACAAUGACGGAAAAGGUGAUGCUUGCGAUGAAGAUAUUGACGGAGAUGGAGUUCCUAAUUUGGAAGAUAAUUGUCCUCUCGUACCAAACCCUAAUCAGCUUGACACUAAUAGUGAUGGAGUUGGUGAUUUAUGCGACAACGAUUUCGAUGGAGACAAUGUUACAAAUGCUUUAGAUAACUGCCCCAACAAUUCCAGAAUAUUCCGAACAGAUUUCAGAGAAUACAUGACAGUUCGCUUGGACCCAGAGGGCGAGUCUCAACAGGAUCCUAACUGGGUGAUAGCUAAUGAUGGUGCGGAAAUUGUCCAAACCCUCAAUUCAGAUCCUGGACUUGCAGUGGGCUUCGACAAAUUUGGAGGAGUCGACUUCGAGGGGACGCUGUUCGUUGACACACAGAUAGACGACGACUACGUUGGUUUUAUAUUUGGAUAUCAGAACAACAAACGUUUCUACGUAGUGAUGUGGAAAAAGAACACACAGACGUACUGGCAGACAACGCCGUUCCGUGCGGUGGCCGAACCCGGUAUACAGCUCAAACUAGUGAACUCCAAGACUGGACCUGGCAAGACUUUGAGAAAUGCUUUAUGGAAUACUGAGUCUACGGCUGAUCAGGUGACUCUCCUGUGGAAAGAUCCACGCAACGUAGGCUGGCGCGAGAAGACGGCAUACCGUUGGCGUCUACUUCAUCGACCAAAGAUCGGUCUCAUCCGCCUCAAAGUGUACGAGAACAACCGACUCGUCGCUGACUCGGGUAACGUCUACGACUUCACUCUGAAGGGCGGCCGGCUUGGCGUCUUCUGCUUCUCUCAAGAAAUGAUCAUUUGGUCCAACCUUGUCUAUCGAUGCAAUGAUAAAAUUCCAUCAAAUAUCGUAUCGGAACUGCCUACGCGGCUGCUGAGAAAAUUAGAAAUCGAUCACAACUUUAUUUACGCAUAA